UGACACGUAACUAAAGAACAAGGUACCAGGCAGGCAGGCUUUUUACAAAGAGCAGCAAAGAUCACUAAAUUGAACGGCUUAGUGUUACAGAAGUUGAUUUCCCACACCCGUUCUCUGAAAAUAAAAUAAAAAAGUGAGAUGGUUGCAUCGAUGAAUUCAGAAAGUAAAACCAAUGAAGACGUGGGGUAAUAAACUUGGCAAUCUAGUUUAUAGUUACCUGAGUUUGUAAUACAAAGAGAAAACAAUUUUGAAGGGAUCGCAUAUUUGUGUGUGUGUGUAUAUAUAUGUGUGUUAAUAGAAAAGUUACUGCGCAAAACCAAUAAGUACAGAGCGAUCAGAGCGGUUUUUUCUUUUUGUUUGUUUUGUACUUUUCCACUACCUGUUGCGAUGCAUACCAUUCGGUGCAAUGCUUGAAAAAGAAAGGGCUUAAAGUUUAAAGGCUGGGGGGAAAGAAUGAAGAUGGGGAACGGAAUGUGUUCCAGAAGGCAUAAGCGUAUUUUUCAGUCGCUCGUGCUGCUGACUGUUAUUUUUGGACUUCUGUACGGGGUAAUGGUAUCCUACGAAAUACACAAACAGCUCAAAAGAACAGAGGCUAUAGCUGCAAAAUAUCAACAGCACCAAGAAUCAUUAUCUGCUCAACUACAAGUUGUAUAUGAACACAGAUCAAGAUUAGAAAAAUCAUUGCAAAAAGAAAGGCUUGAACACAAAAAGGCAAAAGAAGAUUUCCUUGUGUACAAGUUGGAAGCACAGCAAUCGCUAAAUAAAGAUAAGCAAGAUUCCACGAGCAGGUUUAAUUCCCUGAAUGUGCAACACGAAAUGUUAAAGAAUCAACACGAAGAACUAAAGAAACGGUACUAUGGCUUGCAUGAAGAGCACCAGCUGCUGAGAGAGGACCACAACAGAGCAUUAAGUGAACACAAAGAUAAAUACGAUAACCUGCAGCAAGAGAAGGAGAUCGAGAUCUCUAAACUGAAAGAAAACAUCUAUAACCUGCAUGAAGAGAAUAAGCAUAUAAGAAAAGCACAUCAAGAUGUACAUACUCAGCUCCAGGAUGUCAAGCACCAACACAAGGAUUUAAAAUCUGAACACGAACAACUUGCAAUGACUUUAGACGACCACAGGAGUGCACUGGCUGCUGCACAGGCCCAGGUGGAGGAAUUCAAGCAGUUUAAAGAAACCCUUAAAAAAAUGCCCAGCUUCAGACAGCCUGGACUCCAGACACCAGUACCAGAGGAACCGAAACUGAGGCAACAAGGGGAGAAUGAUGAGACUCAAUACAAGAUUCACAAGGGAGGACAGCAACUAGUAGGAAACAUUGAUGGCCUCCAUCAGCAACAGGAAGUUCCAAACGCCGGGGACGAGCGCGAAGAACGUGAGGAGGUGGAUCUUGACAACAUGCAUCCGAGCGAGCACGUUGCUCACAGAGAGGAGAACCGGGACAGGAGGCGGGAGGGCAUGCAGGUGCAGCCGGUGGAGGAGGAUCACAGGAAAGAGCUGGCCGAGGAGGAGAUGGAGCAGGCUGGGCAGCCAGAGGACCUGGACGAGGAGGAGUCUGACCAACCACAGGAAGAGGAUGAGAAGGAAGGCCACCGGAACGAGGAGCCGCACCACCAGCCCCUAGCACACGCUGAGCAAGAGGAAGAGAAGGAAGGCCACCAGAAAGAGGAGGAGCACCACCAGCCCCCAGCACAUGCUGAGCAAGAGGAAGCAGGGGCGAUUCACGAAGAAGACAGAAACAAGGCCUUUAAGGAACGCGGCGGUUCACAGCAGCGUUUGAAAUCGGCCUACGAGGAGCAACUGGACCAGCAGCGUUUGGUGGUUCAGCAGGAGGAGGAGGCCCGGCAGCUCAAGGAGCGCCAGGAGAACCUCCAUCGGCAGAGACUGAGGGAGCAGAUGGACCGGCAGCAGCAGUUGAGGGAGAGGGAGCUGCAGAUGCAGCGGGAAGCAGACCACAAGGAGCAGAUCCUGAGGGAGCAGCAGCAGGAGCAGCUCAGGCAACACCCUGAGUAUGAAAAUAUUGAUGCUGAUAUUGUUCAAGGUGAUGAAGAGCAGGAUAUCCAAAAACAGGACGGUUUAGAUGGGAAUGAACAUCCCCGUGUUGAAGAAGGGGGGCGCGAGCAGCAAGAGGAAGACCCUGGGGAGGAACACGCUAAGAAGGAUGCAAACCCACAAGAAGAUCCAAACAAUCAGGGAGAGGACGAGUUUGAAGAGGCCGAGAAGGAGAAACACAACGAUCUUCCAGUUGAAAACGCAGAACACAACAAGCAUCUUGAGAACAUGCCCAAAACAGAAGUGGACGAGCAACUUGUGAUGGCUGGAAACCCAGACCAGCAAGAAGACACUCUGGAUGAGCAGUACCAGGAGGAGGGAGAGGAAGAGGUGCGAAAUGACUUGGCUGAGGGGCCUAAAGUACAAGAAGAGAACGAAGAAGAAUAUAAUGCAGAGAAUGAGGAACGCGGAAAUAUUAAAAAUCCCGAGGGUCCUAAGAAGGAGGAGGAUUCCCCCCCAGGGGACCACCUGAAGCAGGAAUCUGAAGUAAUUGAAGAAGAGAAUUACGAAGAGGAGGUGGAAGAGGGGGAAGCCCCUGGCAAUCCCAACCGACGGGGAGAAAUGUGAGGAAUGCCUCCUAGUAAACACAGCUUUGAAUGCCCGGGAUACAGAACUGAAACUUCUGGGUUUUUUUUUAAGAGAAGGUUUCCUAAUUUUUUUCUAUAAAUAUUGUAAAAAUUGAAUAUUUUUAAAGA